CGGGCAGGCGGGCGGUGGGCGGCCGUCUCAGCCCCGCCCGCCUCACCUGCCCCAGGUGUGCCACUCGGCGGGGCCGCCCCGGCGCUGAGCAGAGCGGGGCGAGGCUGGGGCCGGCAGCAUGAAUAACCCUAUACCUUCCAACUUGAAGUCAGAAGCUAAAAAGGCAGCUAAAAUAUUACGAGAAUUUACGGAAAUAACUUCCAGAAAUGGACCUGAUAAAAUCAUACCUCCCCAUGUGAUAGCUAAAGCCAAAGGCCUUGCAGUUUUGUCUGUUAUCAAAGCUGGAUUUUUGGUGACUGCUCGAGGUGGAAGUGGAAUUGUAUUAGCUCGUCUUCCUAAUGGCACCUGGUCUGCUCCUUCUGCAAUAGGAAUUGCUGGCCUUGGUGGUGGAUUUGAAAUUGGAAUUGAGGUUUCAGACUUAGUAAUAAUAUUGAAUCAUGAGAGAGCAGUAGAAGCUUUUGCCAAAGGAGGGAAUCUUACACUUGGAGGAAAUCUUACUGUGGCUAUUGGACCUCUGGGGAGAAACUUAGAAGGGGAUGUUGCACUGAGAAGCUCUGCUGCUGUGUAUACAUAUUGCAAAUCUCGAGGACUGUUUGCAGGUGUAUCUCUGGAAGGAACCUGUAUAAUUGAAAGGAAAGAAACCAAUCGCAAGUUUUAUGGGCAAGAUAUACGUGCUAGUGCCAUCCUGUUGGGUGAUGUUCCUUUUCCUGCUCAAGCAGAAGAUCUUUAUGAAACUCUAGCGUCCUUCACUGAAGUAUAUGAAAAUGAAGAGCAAAGAAAUAAUCCAGGAAAAGCUGUAAAUGACCCGCCUGGUAGACCAUCAAGACCAGAACCGCAUAAACCAUCUGUUAGGCCAACACCACCAGCUAAAAAGAACUCAAACAAGCUUUAUCCUGAACUUCCAACUGAUUACGCCUCACUGAGUAACUCUACAGGCAAUCCAGUUGAAGUAACUGCACUUUAUUCAUUUGAGGGACAACAGCCAGGUGACUUGACUUUCAAAGCUGGAGACAAAAUCACAGUCACAACCAAAACAGGUUCACAGUUUGAUUGGUGGGAAGGAAGAAUAGGAGGACAAACUGGCAUCUUUCCAGCCAAUUAUGUUGCCAUAAGUAAUGACUAAAUGUAUGUAGAAGAAAAUGUUGAAGCAACAACAAAUUUACACUGAAAAAUAUAUUUUAACUUUUCAGAUUUUAACUAAAUGAGGUUCUUGAUCAAGACUAUUCCUACAUAACAUUGAAAUGCAUUUAAUGGCCUUAGCUUUCCCUUAAACUUAAUUCUUCAGUAAAUAUUAGGUGAUGGUCAAUUUAUGGUGAAGUUUCACUUUUGAGUCAAGUUGCUGUAUAAAAAGUACUCCCAUUUGUGUUUAGUUUCACUUCUGUCAUGCUAUAUACAUUUUUUUUUCAAAUGAGGGAAAAGUUACACAUAUUUUAAAACUAGAUAUGUCUCUUUCCUUAAUAAAUAUUCUGAAAUCUGAAUCAA